AUGGGUGAUGGUUGGGCUGAUGGUAGACAUAGAACUCUCAUUAAUUUUCUUGUCUGUUGUCCUAGAGCAAUCACUUUUGUUAAAUCCAUUGAUGCCUCUGAUGUUGUAAAAGAUGCUCCUCUUUUUUUUAAAUUGUUUGAAGAAAUUAUUAAGUGGGUGGGAGUGAGCAAUAUUGUACACAUGGUGACAGAUAAUGGGGCAAAUUAUGUUGCUGCUGGAAGACUUGUUAGUCAAACUUUCAAGAAUAUUAAUUGCUGUCCUUGUGUAGCACAUUAUUUGAACUUAGUGUUAAGUGAUAUUUCCAAGUUGAAUCAUAUGAAAGAGCUUGCCUCUAGAGCAUCAAGUGUGACAAGAUUUAUGUACAAUCACCCAUGGUUGAUAGCUUGGUUGAGGAAAAUGAAGGGAUGGACUGAAAUUGUGCGCCCAGGAGCAACCCGUUUUGCCACUACUUUCAUUGCAUUACAUAGUAUUCAAAAAUAUAUGCAUGAUUUGAAAGCCUUAGUAACAAGUAAGGAUUUUGUCGAUUCAAGGCAUGCAAAAGACAAGAAAGCAAAAGAAGUUGUUGCUAUCAUUUUAGACAGUAAGUUUUCAAAUGAAUGCUUGAUCAUUGUUAAGAUUGUUGAGCCACUCAUGAGAUUGUUGCGUAUUGUUGAUGGAGAUAAAAAACCUUCAAUGGGAUACGUAUAUUAG